CCAUGGUCGAGAGUGGAGAGCGCACAGAGGAAUCACAAAAGCGGCUACGGUGCGUGCGUAAAGGCUCGCCCGCACAUCGUGGACAAGCCGAGCGUCUAAACAACUCGUGAAGUUUAUUUAUUUAUUUAUUUGUUAAUCCUAUUUGCUUAUUUAUAACUUUCAAACAUGAUGAACGGAGUGGCCAGGAGUUUGUGCACCUUUGAGGACAUCCGGAAUCAGGAGUAUGCGGACCGCUGCAGGAGACUGAGGCUCACGCUACACGACCAAACUCAGCCAGGAGAACAGCAGCGGGACAAGCCUGUUGGACGGGCUUUUGCCUUGGUGCAGCCUCCAAGUGAGCGGACGUUGCCCCCUGAACCCUCCAAGUCCACAGAGGAGCAGGUGGAGGUCAUCAAGAUUUAUCUCGAAGCGCGUCGUCAGGAGCAGCAGAAGCAACAGCAGAGCCUGAAGAUGUUGUCUGAUGAAGUGUCUCAGAUUCAAGAGGUGCGAUACAGUUUGAAGACACUAAGGGAGCAGAUGGCAGCCAAAAACAAGACAAACGGGUGGAGGACUCCUUUCAAAAAGAACACCUCACCUGCACCCAAGGAAGACACAAAAAAUGGUGCACAGGAAAUGGAGGAAGAAGCUGAGAGGGCCAAACUGAGAGAAGUGAGCAAACGCCUUUAUGCACAACUCCAGGAGGCAGAGAAGAAGCACCAAGAAGAAAAAGAGAGGCUACAGGCUGAAGGUAACCAGCUGAAAGAGCGUUUAAGUCAUCAGGAGGACAAGUUAAAGAGCGCAGAGGAGGCCAGUGAGGAAAAAGACAAACGAAUUGAUGAACUGCAAAGGCUUCUGGGAGGAAUGGAGCAGGAGAGCGCCACCUUGAGGGAGGCCAUUCGCAGCAAAGAGGAAGAACUGCUCGAGUUACGCCAGAUAAGAGAGGGGGGCCAUAAAGACGUGCAAAGGACUGAGCAGUUGGAGAAGGAGGUGGCAGUUCUGAAGGAGAAGAUCCACCAUCUGGACGACAUGUUGAAGAGCCAACAGAGGAAAGUCAGACACAUGAUUGAACAGCUUCAGAACUCACGCAUGGUGAUCCAGGAACGGGACCGCGUCAUCAAAGAGCUGCAGGAGAAGGUCGCAUUUCUGGAGGCUGAAAACCGAGAGAUGCAUGAUCAGAUGGACUAUUUUCUGGGAGGUCAGAGGUCGAAUUCCUACCUGUCGGUAGAGCGCAACCCACAGAUUGUCUACAGCAAACCAAUUAAGCCAACAACCUCAUCCAACAAACCACUCCCGUUCAUCAAAGUCAUCGAAAUCAAGUCAUGAAGUGAACUAUGAAGUCAGAAACAGAUUAUAAACUACACUACUCUCAGUCUGUGAAUAUUUUGAAUCAGAGCUUGUGGUGAUCUUGUAGCAGCUCUGUCAACUCCCUCCACACCACAUACAGACUAUGUUGGGUUCACCUGGCAUCACAAUAUUGUAUACUGUCCAUUGAGGUGGAGGGUAGGUAAGACUACUAGAAGAUUUGCCUUUAACCAAAUUACAAAUCAUUGCUAUUUUGACUAGGUUCAUGGUCAAUAUUUCUGUAAUUACCAGGACUAUCCACAUGAAUCAAAACCUGGUAAUUCAAAAUUCAACGUCUUUUCUUUCAGUAAAAAUGUCACUUUAGUAAUAAAAGGUGGUGACAUUAUUUAAAUGUAUAAUCACAAAAAUUAUUUUAGUUGACUGAAUAUGGUGAGCUUAUGGACCCAACCCUGACAAAACAAAAAAACAAAACCAACAAGAAUGUUUUUAGGAUAUUUUUGGAAGCUUCAUUUGCCCUCCAUUUGAAAUUAUGACUUUAACUUCUAUGUAUGUCGUGAACGCAACCACCUUUAAUUAAUUUUAAACUUUGACAUAGAUAGAUGUAGUAGCUUGUGUGCAUUCAAAGCUCUUCAUUAUACACUUUAUCUUGCCAUGUAUGAUGACCUUUAACCCACGAGUGUCACUGUUGUGUCUGAGUUGACGUGCAAAGUACGAAAUGACAGACGUUUAGCCAAGCAAAACCCAUAUAUGGCACUCAAAGUAGCACCAUGUUAAAGCUAUCAGAUUGAAUCAUAUUAACUAACCUGACUGUUCCCUUUUAAGGUGAAUACACUUUGUAAUGUAAUGAUCAGUGUAGAAUGUAUAGGGUGUUUCUAACAAGUGGAGUUUUAAUGUUUUAGUAGUUUUGAAUCUCAAUGGCAUUAUGGCAUUUUCUAACAUUGGUAAAUGUUAGUGUGAGUAGCUUUUUUCUUCUUGUAAAACAUUUCAGUUCUCUGUUUCUCUGUAAGUAACUACUAAGUGUGUAAAUAUUAUUCUUUGUCAAGAGUUGUAACUGUAAUAUCUUCUCUUAGUUUCUUUGUACUUAUUUAUUAACUUUAAACUCUUGUCAGACUGUUUGAUGUGAGAUUUUAUAUGAAGUAUAUUCAAAUUGGUUUUGUGUUUGACGCUUCUAAUAAAAGUUUUUAAACCAU